AAGAGAGACUCUUUUAUCUCAUUGAACCUCGCAAGUAUGUCUGGAAGAGGGAAACAAGGCGGCAAGACCCGUGCUAAGGCAAAGACUCGCUCAUCCCGGGCCGGUCUCCAGUUCCCAGUCGGUCGAGUUCACCGUCUGCUGAGGAAGGGAAACUAUGCGGAGCGUGUGGGAGCCGGUGCCCCGGUGUAUCUGGCCGCAGUACUGGAGUACCUGACGGCUGAGAUUCUUGAGCUUGCCGGAAACGCCGCCCGCGACAACAAGAAGACCCGCAUCAUCCCCCGCCACCUGCAGCUGGCUGUGCGCAACGACGAAGAGCUCAAUAAACUGCUCGGUGGGGUGACCAUCGCCCAGGGAGGCGUUCUGCCCAACAUCCAGGCCGUGCUGCUGCCCAAGAAGACCGAGAGCCACAAACCAGCUAAGAGCAAGUGAUUUCACUGCUAGAUACUUGUCCCCGCAACACAAAGGCUCUUUUCAGAGCCACC